AUGGAGGACCAAAGCAGGGGAUUCACUCCAGAGGAAGCGAUUUCUGCAAUUGGGUUCGGGAAAUUCCACUGUCUAGUACUAAUUUUUGCUGGAUUUGGGUGGAUUUCAGAAGCAAUGGGAGUUAUGCUUCUUCCCAUUGUUGGAAUUGCGGUGAAAUCCGAGUGGGGAAUUUCACCUGGUGAAGAAAGCUUGCUUACAACAGUGGUGUUUGCCGGGAUGCUCAUUGGUUCAUAUGUUUGGGGAAUCAUAUCAGAUGCCCACGGAAGAAGGAAAGGCUUCAUCAGUGUAGCAACAGUGGUGGCUGUGACAGGAAUUUGUAGCGCUUUCUCGCCAAAUUAUGUAUCGCUUCUGGUAUCGCGUUGUUUGCUUGGUUUUGGUGUCGGAGGUGGCCAUGUAUUUGCAGCAUGGUUCCUAGAGUUCAUCCCUACCCAUAGUAGAGGUGCUUGGGCAUUUGCAUUGGCAAGUUUUUGGUCAUUUGGAACUAUACUUGAGGCUUCACUUGUUUGGAUCAUUAUGCCGAGAUUCGGUUGGAGAUGGCUCAUAGCUGUAUCUUGCUUUCCAUCUUUCUUAGUGCUGCUCCUUUCUUCCUUCACUCCUGAAUCACCAAGGUACCUUUGUGUAAAGGGAAAAAUGGGAGAAGCCCGAAAGAUAUUGGAAGGAGUGGCCUCAAUGAACAGAACAAGUCUCCCUCCUGGAAUUCUUGUGUUAGAUCACACUAUAAAGACAGAUGAAGAAUAUGCUGCAUCACCAAUGAAUACUCCUCUUCUCUCCUCAGUGAAACAUUGCAGCUCAGACUCUCAUGGAUCGCCUUUUUUCGCGCUAUUCUCGCCAAAACUGUGGAGGGCAACUCUUCUUUUGUGGAUUUUGUACUUUGCAAUCACCUUUUCAUACUAUGGAGUUGUGUUCCUGAGCCCAGAGCUGAGCAACAGAACAGCUGAAUGUGGAUCGAAAACUAAUCUGUGGAAAUAUCACGCGGAUUCUAGCCUGUACCGGGAUAAUUUCAUCACUGCUUUAGCAGACUUGCUUGGACUUGUCAUAUCUGCAACAAUCGUCGAUAGAUUAGGCCGAAAGCACAGCAUGGCGAUUUUCAGCUUCUCGGGUUUCAUUCUGUUCCUACCGCUGAUAGUGCAUCAGGAUGGUGAUAUCACCACAGCUCUACUUUUAUUCGGGGCUCGCCUCUGCAUUUCAUCAUCAUUCAGCGUUUUUGUUGUCUACAUAAGAGAGGUAUAUCCAACUCAAGUAAGAGCUACAGGAGUUGGAACAGCAACAUCAAUUGGAAGUAUAGGUAGCAUGAUAUGUCCUAUGGUAGCAGUUGGUUUAGUAAGGGAUUGUCAUCAGACAGCAGCUAUAGUUCUAUUUGAAGCUAUGGGGGAUCAGAGCAUGGAAUUCACUCCUGAGGAAGCGAUUUCGGCUAUUGGAUUUGGGAAAUAUCAGGUCCUGGUUCUGAUCUACGCUGGAAUUGGAUGGAUUUCAGAAGCAAUGGAAAUGAUGCUUCUCUCCAUAGUUGGCAUAGCAGUAGAAUCUGAGUGGGGGCUAUCUCCUGGUAAAGAAAGCUUGCUGUCAACAGUAGUUUUUGCAGGCAUGCUUGUCGGUGCUUAUGUUUGGGGCAUCAUAUCAGAUGCCUUUGGAAGAAGGAGAGGUUUCAUUGGUACCAUGGUAGUGGUGGCUGUAGCGGCAUUGUGCAGUGCUUUUUCGCCUAGUUAUCGAUUACUUCUGGCGUCCCGUUGUUUGCUAGGUUUCGGAGUAGGAGGUGGCCAUGUAUUUGCAGCAUGGUUCUUGGAGUUUAUUCCUGCACCAAACAGAGGGGCUUGGGCUUUUGUUCUAACAUGUUUCUGGUCAUUCGGAUCAGUAGUUGAAGCUUCACUUAUUUGGAUUAUCAUGCCAAGAUUGGGUUGGAGAUGGCUCAUAGCUCUAUCUAGUAUUCCAUCUUGGUUAGUAAUUUUUUUUUCUGGGCUCACCCCAGAGUCACCAAGGUACCUAUGUGUAAAAGGGAAGAUGGAUGAAGCACGGCGUAUAUUGGAGAAAGUAGCAACAACCAACAAAACAAAGCUCCCUCCUGGAAUCCUCAUUUUAGAUCAAACAAUAAAGAGAGAUGAAGAACAUGUUGCAUUCUUGGAUACUCCUCUGGUGUCUGAAAAGCAGUUCUUCUCAGAAUCAUGCCUAUCGUCACUUGUCUCGGUGCUUUCGUCGAAACUACGGAAGACAACUCUCCUUUUAUGGAUUUUGUACUUAGCAAAUACAUUUGCAUAUUAUGGAAUGGUGCUGUUAAGCUCUGAAUUAAGCAAUAGAAAGAGUAACUGUACUUCCAGCUCCAGUCAUCUGUGGAAGAAUGGCAAGGAUUCUAGCCUCUACAGAGCUAUAUUUAUCACUAGUUUGGCAGAUCUGCCCGGGACUGUUAUAUCUGGAGCCAUUGUCGAUAGACUAGGCCGAAAGCAAACAAUGAAGGUUUUUUGUGCACUGGGAUUCAUCUUGCUUCUGCCACUAAGUGUGCAUCAGAAUGAGAUCAUGACCACAGCUUUAUUAUUUGGAGCUCGCAUGUUCGUUGUAUCUACAUUCAACGUGAUUGUUGUUUACUCAAGGGAGGUGUAUCCAACUACAGUGAGAGCUACAGGUGUUGGAAUCGCGACAUCAAUCGGAAGAAUUGGGGGCAUGAUAUGCCCACUUGUUGCAGUUGGUUUAGUAAGGGGUUGUCAUCAGACAACAGCAGUACUUCUGUUUGAAGCUGUAAUACUAUUAAUAGGAUUCUGCAUUCCCUUAUUGCCUAUAGAGACCAGUGGAAAAGGACUAAGUGAUACUCUUCCACCGGCUGAUGAUAUAGAGUAG